AUGGACGGUCCUUUGUUUGUCAGGGGAGCUAGAGGUCGUGGAGGAGCUACUCGAGAGGGUGCAAGAGGUGGUCGAGGAACUUGGCCUCAUUCACGAAACAAGCACUGGUCAACAGCAGAUGGCACCUCACGAAGCCAUACGCCCAACUCGGACAGCGAACGUUGGGAACGAGGUGGACAUCGGGGAGGUGGAAGAGGGAGAGGAGCCCCUCGAGGCGCACCAAGGAAAUUUCCAAACGUUACGCUUCGCGUCAACCAUGCAACUACCCAGCAGCACCAUGCGGCUGCAGAUAUCGAACAUAUUCAACCAGACGAGUCGUACCUUCAACCCGAGGAGGAGGAAGAACACUAUGAGGAGGAACAAGAAGCUGAAGAAGAUGAAAUUUACGAAGAAGAGGUGGAGCAGGUGCAAGAAACAGUAGCAGAAGAGACGGAAACUGGUCGACUCAUUCCCGAGAUUCAUGAACCUGAGCUCGAGACGGCUGAAGAACGAGAGAAGUUCUAUCAAGAGUUGGUCAAAGCCAGAGAAAUUGAAAGGAAAAGGGCUAUCGCUGAGGGGAAAAUGGACGACCCACUGGUCCCCAAACGACUGGAGGAUGCGAUAUCUAUUGUUGGGACAUGUAUGCAUAUGUGCCCUAGAUUUGAAAGGUAUCGACGCGAACGUGAAAACAAUCUAUUUGAAUGGGAAACAAUCCCUGGCACCAAAAGGGUCGACCACAACCGUGCAGUCAAGAUGUACGAGCGUGCAGCUGGCGACAAGACCCUGCCCUCCGAUCUACGGCCUCCACUCAUUCUCAAGUGCACACUUGACUACCUCUUUCACGACCUUCUCCCCCGUGGUGGUUUCUCUGCUACAUUCAACUUCAUCCGAGAUCGUAGCCGAGCUGUCCGCAAUGAUUUUACCAUGCAGCACAUCACAGGCCCCCUUGCAAUUGAAUGUCACGAUCGCUGUGCUCGUUUCCACAUUCUUGCCCUUCAUUUCGAACGCGAUAGACCUGGGUUCUCUCUUCCCUUGGAAGAGCAACAGCUCAUGAACACUCUUCAAAGUUUGAAAGAGUUUUACCAAGAUCAACGCGGCAGAUAUGAUUCUCCAACGGAACUCGAAAUGCGUGUGUACCACCGACUUAUCCAUAUCCGUGAUCAGAAGGAACGCCAUGAAGACAUCCCUGAUUAUAUCCUUUCGCACCCCGUUUUCAAACUUACGACCGAGUUCCGGCUACACGUGCAGCGUAAAAGUGCACCCAUCAGCAAAAACUCCAAACUCAUUGUACCUGAAGAAGCCAUGCAAAUAUUUUCCCAAUUGGCUGCUGUGCUAAACGAGCAGGGAAGCACGGUCAUGGUCUACCUCGUUGCCUGCCUGUUGGAACGAUUGUUUGGAAAGGAUACGAUCGACGAUAUAGAGAGCAUCAGAGGCGAUUUAUCUAUAUCUGAUAUCAUUGACGGUGUAUCGGUGGAUAAUCCUCGUAUGCAAAAUGGCCAUGUAGAUGAAGGACAUGGCGCAGAAGCAACGAUUGAAGGUGAUGACGGUGAUGUUGAUGAUGAAGACGCCUUUUUGGAUGGAGAUGACGGUUAUGAUGGAGCAGAGGAAGAGGCAGAAGAUCAUGAAGUUGAAAAAUCGCAACCUGCAGUUGCUGGAAAUAUAAAUCCACCUCCUACAGGUUGGCCUUCAUCUACAUUUUCGACGAAGCCAUCGGCACCGACUCCAGCCCUUGCUCCUACUACUGGCGGCGCGUUCGGAAAUCUGGUGUCAAAGCCCAAUGUUUUUGGUAAUGGCUCCGUGUUCGGAGGCCCAGUCUUUGCGCCUUCGAACCCUACACCUGUCUCAGUGUUUGGCAAUUUCGGGGCCCCGGCACCGAAACCUGCCACCAAUGGUAUAAGCUCAACUUCAGUGGCGACCCCGCUGGCCUCUACAUCGAACUCAACGCCACCACAACCUCAAUCCGUUUUUGCUCCUUCGCCCUUCGGUGGCAUGUCGAAUAACUUUCCAUCAAAGGCAACUGAACCAUCGUCCUCGCCUGCAUCUACUAGUCUAUUUGGAAAUCCGUUCGCAGUACCCGCUUCAACAACAACAACAACAAAUGGAACUUCACCCGCUAAAUCCAUCUUUGGAGGUACCAAUGGAACACCUUUCUUGAUUUCUACUAAUAAUGCGCCGACCACAUCAUCAUCCUUAUUUACGAUAACUCCCUCAAAACCUUCGCCAUCAUUGAACCCUGAGGCACCAGAGUUUGUACCCCCACAGAUUAUUCAACCAUCUACAUCUCCAUUUGCAUAUCAAUCCAUAAACGACAGUGCCAAAUCAACCCUCGGGCCAAAACCUACAAUACCCUUUUUUACCCCACCACCUGACACAACAUUGGAUGCUCCUAAAGCCAAUGGUGCAAACUCAUUUACUCAACCUUCAUUACCCGGCUCUACACAGCAACAAACACCUCCUCCUUCAUUUUUCAGCAAACCCAAUCCACCUACGUCUUCAUCAGCAUCACCCGCGCAGACUCGACCAAUUGCCCCUCCUUUGCUGAAAAUUGAUACCAAUACUUCGUCUGGCAGUUCGUCUCCAUCUGUCGCCUCUCCUAAAGUCCCGCCACCCUUGGCACGGGUACAACCUAUCUCUCUUCCCUCGACUCCUACGAUGGUUCUUCAACCUUCAAAUCCGUUGUUGGAUCACCUCCGCAAUUCAUUGGAUCCAUCAUCCAGUUCGCUAUCACCUUCGGGCAGCCAAGAACUGCUGAGUCCGUUGGUUGUCGGCUCACCUACUGCCUCGCCGAUGGGUUCCUUCUCCAUCAAAAACUUCACGCCUCUGUCAACACCCCAAGCGUCAAGAAUAUUCAGACCGCCAUCCCCACCGAAGUCGAACGGAAAGGGUAAGGCACCGGACCUUUCAAUAUACGACAUCGGAGAGGUUGAAGAAAUGAAAAAGAAGGCGCUACAGUUCGCGCAGAAAAGUCUUAUUAUGCGCGAGUGCUUCCGCAGAUGGUUGAAAAAAGCGAUGGACAGGGCGGCGUAUUUGGAGGCUCUCAAGCACGGAGAUGAGUACCGGCAGAAAAUACACCGCAGCAACCACGCCCGGCAGCAACUUGCUUUGCGAACGAGUAAAAAUAUGGAUGUUGUUGAUAAGAAGAGACGGAUAUCGACGAACGGAGGUCGGGCAAUAGCAUCUAUGAGUGACGGUCCAUCUCCAAUGAAGAAGAGGGCGCGCAAACGCGUGUCGAGCGAGUAUCGCCCGCCAAGGACGGAUGAGGACCUGGCAAAUCGUUUCAAAGAGAAUCAUCGAGAACAUGAACUUCGUUGGGCACAGGGGUCGUUCCUUCAAGUCAUCCGGAAUCACAUCCAGGUUCUGAACGCGUCAACACUCAAAAUGCCGUGGCACAUUUGGCUGGCCAUGAACCCAGAAAGCGAUGCUACCGCCAUAUGGUUGGAACGUAAAUUCGACGUGCCGGAUUCGGGAACUUGGCAAAAUGAGAACGUGUUUUCAAUACCUAUCUCUUCGGCUAGUGGAUCAGCAGAUGGAUACCCUGGUGUCAUUGUAUUUGAGUGCACGCCUUUGGGCGAUGUCACAGAUGAUUUGGAGAGGAAGUAUCGUGUCCUAGACGAUUGUGCCCGAUUGCGAGAGAUUAUCAAAGCUUUACCUCCCAAACGCCAUUUUAUUCCUUCUCUUCUUGUAAUCUGCUGGACGGAGGGUGAACAGACUCCAGAAGAAUCUGAUUUCUUUGAUAUGGUGAAAAAAUUAACUGCCGCUUCGACAAUUCGGAGUUCCCAGGUUUUAAAUAUGACGUCAGCCACCAAGGACCUCGACACCAAACUUGAGAGUGCCCUCUCCUCUUUGACAUUAGAUACCGAAGGACUGCUCGUUAAACCUCUUACAUUAAAAGGAGCAUUCCGCGUCUUCGAUCGCACCUUCCAUCAAUUCUUGAGCGAGUGGAUGGAAAAUUGUAGCGUGCUUGGGCGGUUCAAUUGGAGCCUGUACGGGCAGGUCGUUCAGGUGUCUAUAACAUUGUUGAAUAAUAUGGAAAGAGCAGUACGCUCUAUGUUGGAAUUGGAAGGUCUAGCGGAUCCAUUGCCUGACUUUAAUGCCGCUCAAGUGACUGAUAGCGAAUCUGCUUACGAAGAUUUGUUCGAGUGGCUCUCUUCUUUAGACUCCCGUGAAGACGCCAACCAAAUCGCCAUGGAUGUGCAGUCUCAUCGUAACAUCGGUCAAGAUUUCCCUGCCCAGAUAUUCAUUGAACAUCUUUACAAACUCACCCAAGCACGUCUUGAACGGGCACACCCACAAUUUACGACCGUUACGAAACCUGUUCUCAAUACUGCAAUCAAGUCAUCACUGCAGUCGUUCAAGGAUGAAAUUGAGCCACAUCAGAUGAGAUUGCUGCAAUUAUACAAUUUCAGCGUCCGUCGUUCACCGAAACGCCGAGCAUACUCAGUCGCCACGAGUGACCAGGGCAGCCCUGAAACUAAACGGCCUCGACUAUUGGCCUCUGUCACAUCUUCAGUGAAUGGAGAUUUCGAUAUUCCUUCGACGCCUCAAGUCAAAAUGAAUGGACGUCGGAUGGAAACGCAAACUCCGUCGCCUAGUAAUAGCAGCAGCGCGACGUCUUCCGCUCCUACUGAGCAAGACGACAAGACACACAACACACCUAACGUCACAGUUGCGAUGCUGAGAGCUUUAACUCGGGAUCUUAAGAAGAAGUAUGGAGGUUCAUGA